AAAAUAAAUAAUAUCGAAAGCUCCUCCCUCAACCACAUCUUACCUUGGUUAUUCCGAAAGAGCCUCGUUGGAAUCGAAAAACAUUGCCGCCGAUAUGUCCGCCGUCGUCACUGAAAUGGGCCGCCGCCAGACGAUAAGCCAAAUACUGGUGGACCUCGUCAAGUUCGCCGUGGGCUCCGCCAUCGACGGCUCUCGCAAAAUCGUCCCUGGAAGGAAGCAGGUAGAUAAGAUGGUGCCAGAAGGAUUGAUGAAUAUACCCUUACCAACCCUUUUAAAAACCAAGAAAAACCCUGAUUUAAAGGUUGCAAAUGACCUUCAUUUUGAAACAAAAAUGGAGGAAGUGAAGGAAGAUGUUAAUAACACAAAGCAGCUGUACAAAACAUCAGCCAAGCAUGUUGAGGAGUCACAGUCACAGCCUCCAAACAAAUCAGAUGAUAGCUUUAAGGAAAUUAAUCUUCUGCAGAACAAUGGAAGAAGAGUGUUCAUUCGGUCUCGUCUAUAGAAUGGAAUUUACUUAAAUUACACUAGAGAUUCUACAUAUCUAUAACAUAAGUGUAUCAUAAUAUGUGCUUUAUUUUUCUUUUCUCCCCUCUCACCAUGUUAGAUGAGAAGGUGAUAACUGCUAGACAGGGUACUGUCACAACUUGAGGUGUAGGGAGUCCCCUAGGUCCUAUGGCAUGUCCUUGCUAAUAGUAUUAACGAUCUUCUAGUUUUCAAUGAAUAUAUUACAAUUUACGAGCCCCACUUAACAUGUUUUUGUUUAUUUCUGUGUAAAACAGAAAAAUUUUGGGGCAUUGCAAUGUUUUCAAAAUUGGACAGGUUGGUUUAAUUAGAUCAUGAACUGUUUAUGACUUUGUUAUGAAACUUUAUUCUAUUUAAUUACU